AUGCUGUGCCACAAGUACAGCGGCCACCCCAAGGGCUUUGCGUACAUCGAGUUCUCGGACAAGGAGUCGGUGCGGACGUCGAUGGCUCUGGACGAGUCGCUCUUCCGAGGCCGCCAGAUCAAGGUGAUCCCCAAGAGGACGAACCGCCCCGGGAUCAGCAGCACCGACCGCGGCUUCCCCCGGGGGCGCUUCCGGGGGCGGGGGGGGGGAUACGGCUCCGCCCGCUCCCGCUUCUACAGCGGCUACGCCCGGCCCCGGGCACGGGGAUACAGGGGCCGAUCCAGAGCCACCUCCUGGUACUCCCCGUAUUAAAAACCCCCAAAUUUCCCUUUUUUCUCCCCCAAAAAAAAAUUCCUAAAAAAUUCGGGGUGGGGGGGGAGGGGCCCCGCCCGCCCCCCCCCCCCCCAAAAAACCCAAAAUUUCUGGUUUUUCCCCCCCAAAAAAAAAACCAAAAAAAAAUUCCCAAAGUUUGUUUUUUGCAGGUGGAGCCGAGCCGGA